AUGUGCAGGCUGCAGCGCAGCAGCAAAAGUGUUUCGGAGCUGCUGCUGAAGGUCUUUUGCCAAAAGAUUGGAUCUGCUUCUCCGCAGCAGCUCGUAAUGGCAGCAGCAGCAAUUCCUUUAUUUCCCCAGCAGCAAAAAGUGCCCCUAAAAGCUUUCAAACUCAUUUCCCGGUUUUUGGUUAAAGAAAAUCUCUUGGGGACGCUGAGUGCUUCGGAGCUGCAGAGCCUCAUGGUCGCGCUGCAGCGGAUGGGGGAGGGGGCCCCCACAGGGAUUGCUGCUGCUGCUGCUGCAGCGCUAAAGGCCAGGGGGCCCCCCAGCUGUUUGCCUCCAGGCCUUCGAGACGAGGCCCUGGCCCUUCACGCGAGCUUUGGGGGUCUAGGGCGUGUCUGGAGGCGCUCUAAGCGCAAUUCUCUGCCCCUGCUGGAACAGCGACCCCUCAACCCUGAAGCAAAUCAGCAGCAGCAGCAGCAACCGCAGCAGCAGCAGCAGCAGUAG